AUGGCUCCUGUAUCCGCCCAAGCUCAGGAGUUCUUCAACCGGUACGAGCAAUUGAAGGCUAUCGAACAGACCAAAAAUCUUUUGAUAGAGAUGCCUAUCAGCGAGAGCGAUCGUUCUCAAAAGGACCAAGAACCUUUUGUAAUUGCACUUCUAGAUGGCGAUGGCAUGAUAUUCCGAGACUCUUUAGUUCAGCAAGGAGAAAAAGGAGGAAAAGACGCCGCGAAUCAACUCUGGUUAGCUAUACGUGACUAUACAUCUGAGACCUUCACCAACAUCCAUUCGCCGAAGAUCGUUGCGAGAAUAUAUGCGAAUGUGCGAGGUUUAGGGGAAACUCUCUUUAAAGCUGGGAUUAUUGAUAAACUUUCUGUCUUUGAAGACUUCGUUCGUGGAUUUAACGGAGGCAGAUUGCUCUUCGAUUUUGUCGACGUUGGGAGCGGUAAGGAUAGAGCAGAUGAUAAACUUGCAGAACUCACAAGAAGAAUUACUCUCUUGGAGGGAUUUCCCUUUGAGAGGGAGCUUGCCUCGCUUAUAGGCUCGUAUAGAGUGACGAAGUUUGAGACCUUAUUCCGGGAAUCAAAAAUAACUCCCUCAUCAAAUCAUACUUGGGAAAACGCCGUCACCACCGCAAAUUCAUAUUCAUCAUCAAAUAUUGGGCACCCCAAUCCUCGGGCCGUGAGCAGAACUCCCUCGAACUCCAAUGGAACAGCAGCCACCACUUCUGCUGCCUCAGCUACUUCGGGCAGCAGCAGUACCACGCCAGCAACGUGGGCAUCUACUAUUGCAGCCAGUGCAAGUACAACAUUCAAAGAUUUAACACCAUCCAAACCAAGUACCCCAUCUCCGCCGGUUAUUGAGCGCAACAAGUAUGGACAAAGAGUCGAUCGGAUAGAUUUUAAGGCCGCGCCCAAAGACGAAUUAAAUCGUGUGAAGAAGUUGAAGCUAUGCAACUUAUUUUUCCUUCUAGGUGACUGUCCCAACCCAAAUUGCUAUCAUACCCAUGACUAUAAGCUUGGAAAACAGGAGCGAAUGGUGCUGCAGGUAGUGGCUAGAAUGACACCCUGCCAUUUCGGUACCGAAUGUGACGAUGCUACUUGUAUUUACGGUCACCGCUGUCCUCUCAGCGAGGCUGGAAAGAAAGAUUGCUACUGGGGAUCAAAUUGCCGAUUUGAUGCUGACGCCCAUGGAAUUGAUACCAAUAUUGUUAAGCUUACCAAAGUUUGA